AUGACUGAAGUUCUAUUAUCAAGACUGGCACAGCUUCGUUUGGGUUUAGAUGCUUUGGAUGCAUCAAGCUACGAUGCACGUCUCAUCGAAGAAGAAGAAGGUAUUAUAGACAGCUCCAGAUCUCGAAAGAAAAUUCGUCGCCACAAUGAAAAUGACCUCAAAGAGGAACUGGAGGAUGAAUUCCUUACUCCUUCACCACGUUUUAGCCCUAGCUGGUUAAAUAAAUUGCAAAGGAGAUGGGACGUGUCUAUUGACUAUCAGGACAUUUUUGAGGUAGCGCCCACCCAGACGCGUACCAUCAUUCGCUUCAAUCGUGAAGGUCUCGAGGGUCGAGUGACGGGUUACCAUGAAGUGACAGUACCCGCCAGUAGCGCCACAGCGAAGAACUCAACGUCUCUGCUGAGACGUCCAGCAGCGCGAGCUGACUUUGUUAGAGGUGCCGCUGGAUUCUUCCCUUUUGCACCAGGUGGAUUGGAGGGAGUUGAGGCUAUUGCAGAAAUGGAAUCCGAAAUGCAGGCCAAUGAGCAGCAACGUGGCAUCAAAAAACAAGGUCUUGACCGCAUUAUCAAGUUCGGUACUGAGGAUGGGUUGCUACAGGUGCCACCAGGAUUCACACGAGGGCUCAACUUGAAGAAACCAGAAUCGAAGGCAGCCGAAGAAGACGAUCAAGAAGUGGAAAAGACUCUAGACCAAGAAGAGGGUAUCAAGGUUGACCGUCCCGAGACCGAUGGAAACGUGCAGGAAUAUAAGAAAGAUGAAGAUGAAAUGGCAAGUGAGGAUGAAGAGGAAGAAGAUAUCGACUCCUUGCUACCAGUCGAAUUUCCUGCAUUCGAACCUAGAAGUCAACUGUUGGCAGCUACAGCACAGAAAGGCGGCCGCGAGUGGGCACAUGUUGUGGACGUCAACAAAGAAAUAUCAAACUUUCAUGAUUUGGUACCCGAUAUGGCUAGAGAGUGGCCGUUCGAGCUCGAUACCUUUCAGAAAGAAGCUGUCUAUCAUUUGGAGAAUGGAGACUCAGUGUUUGUCGCGGCACAUACGUCUGCCGGUAAGACUGUUGUAGCAGAAUAUGCUAUAGCCCUUGCUGCGAAACACAUGACCAAAGCAAUCUACACCUCGCCAAUCAAAGCUCUCAGUAACCAGAAAUUUCGAGACUUUCGAAACACAUUUGAAGAUGUCGGUAUUUUGACUGGGGACGUCCAGAUAUCCCCCGAAUCUAGCUGUCUCAUAAUGACUACAGAGAUUUUACGAAGCAUGCUUUACCGAGGAGCAGACCUUAUCCGUGACGUGGAGUUCGUCAUUUUUGACGAGGUGCAUUAUGUCAACGACACGGAAAGAGGUGUUGUAUGGGAGGAAGUCAUCAUCAUGCUUCCCGAGCACGUCACUUUGAUUCUCCUGUCAGCUACAGUACCGAAUACGUAUGAAUUUGCCUCGUGGGUUGGACGUACGAAGAAGAAGGACAUUUAUGUGAUUUCUACUCCAAAACGUCCCGUCCCACUGGAGCACUAUCUCUGGUCCGGCAAAAGCAUGCAUAAAAUUGUCGAUGCCAACAAACGUUUCAUUGAGAAAGGUUGGAAGGAAGCAGAUGAUAUUCUUUCUGGACGAGACAAGCAAAAAGCACAGAAGGCCGCCGAAGCACAAGCACAGUCGCAGGUUAGUCAGAGAGGCGCUCAGCAAGGUAGAGGCCGUGGUCAGCCUAGAGGCGGUGGUCCACGAGGUGGUGGCCAAGGACGAGGAGGUCCUCAAGGUGGACAGGGGCGAGGAAGAGGACAGCCUGCUAAUCGAGGAACGGGGAAUAUUGCUCGGACUGGCCGAGGAGGAGGAAGAACCACAGCUGCACAAGACCGAAACGUGUGGGUUCACUUGGUACAACAUCUACGCAAGGAGAAUCUGCUACCCGCUUGUGUUUUUGUCUUCUCGAAAAAGCGAUGUGAGGAAAAUGCAAAUUCACUCUCCAAUCAAGACUUCUGCACAGCAGCAGAGAAGAGUGCUAUUCAUAUGAUCAUUGAGAAAUCCUUAGCCCGAUUGAAGCCAGAAGAUAGGGUCCUACCGCAGAUCUUGCGUCUUCGUGAACUACUGAGUCGAGGCGUCGCCGUGCACCAUGGAGGUCUUCUGCCUAUAAUGAAGGAAAUUGUCGAAAUCCUUUUCGCUAGGACUCUAGUCAAGGUUCUCUUUGCCACAGAGACCUUCGCGAUGGGCUUGAACUUGCCUACUCGAACAGUGGUAUUCUCUGGAUUCCGCAAACACGAUGGCAAGGGCUUUAGGGAUCUUUUGCCCGGUGAGUAUACUCAAAUGGCAGGGCGAGCUGGUCGAAGAGGUCUGGACACUGUAGGAUAUGUGAUUAUCGUUACCACCGGCAGGGACGAAGCCCCACCAGCUGGUGCCUUGCGCCGCAUGAUGCUCGGUGAUCCUACAAAACUAAGGUCACAAUUCCGUCUGACGUACAAUAUGAUUCUGAAUCUUCUGCGAGUCGAAGCUCUGAAGAUUGAAGAGAUGAUCAAGCGAAGUUUCAGUGAAAAUGCAACCCAAGCUCUUCUGCCAGAGCAUGAGAAGCAGGUGCAGUUAUCUGAAGCUAGUUUAUCCAAGAUCAAACGCGAGCCUUGUACCUACUGUGACGUUGAUCUUGCGGCGUGCCAUCAAGCCUCUGUGGAAUACGAGAAGCUUACUCGAGAUCUUCAUUUGGGUCUCAUCACGUCUCCAGUGGGGAAAAGACUUUUUAUGAUUAAGAGGCUUGUAGUGUAUAGAAAGGAUGGAAUCCGUACUGCCGGAAUUAUUGUUCGCGAAGGUAUCAGUGGCGGUGAGCCGAAUAUCCAAGUAUUGGAGAUUGGCGCUGUGAGCGACAAGCGACAUCCAAGCGACAUAUUGCCGUUCCUACCAAGAUUUCGACCCUUUUUCAGAGAUUUACCUACAAGCUCUGCCGACAUGUCUUUGAAAGUCUGCCGGAUCCCUUUGGCUGAUGUUGAAUGUGUGACCAAUACUCUUGUCAAAGUGACAGGACCGAUAUGGUACCUCAAUAUCAAGAAAGAGUCACUCAAAUUCGGUGACAAGGAAUUGUCAAAAUACGCCGCAUCAUGGGAAUCUCCGAGCUGGGACGAACUUGAUUGGGAUCGUGUGAAGGAGCUUCAAGUCCGAGAGAUAUUGCUUAAGAGACAAGAGCAGGCGGCUAUUGCACAGGGCUGUCAUUGUCUUUCGUGUCCGGAUUUCCUCAAACAUUUCGAAAUGCAACACGACGAGUGGCAGGUCAAAGAAAAUAUCUCGCAACUUCGUCAACUUAUGUCAGAUCAAAACCUGCAGUUGCUACCUGACUACGAGCAGAGGGUUGAAGUACUCAAGGAGCUCGGAUUCGUGGAUGCCGAUUCACGGGUGUUGUUGAAGGGCAAGGUUGCUUGUGAGAUACAUUCUGCCGAUGAGCUCGUCCUUACCGAACUCAUUCUCGAAAAUGUACUCGCAGAGUAUGAACCAGAGGAAAUUGUGGCCCUCCUCUCGGCAUUUGUAUUCCAAGAGAAGACGGAGAAUGAUCCAACACUCACACCCCGCCUGGAAAAGGGCAAAGAAGCAAUUAUCAGGAUUGCGGACAAGGUGAACGAUUUCCAGAUCCUGCAUCAAGUCAUUCUGUCAAGCGAGGAUUCCAACGACUUCACCAGCAAACCUCGGUUUGGGUUGAUGGAGGUUGUGUACGAAUGGGCAAAGGGUAUGUCGUUCAACCGGAUUACGGAUCUCACAGACGUUAUGGAAGGAACCAUUGUCCGAACCAUCACCCGACUGGACGAGACAUGUAGGGAAGUCAAGAAUGCGGCCAAAUUGGUUGGGGAUCCGACGCUUUAUCUCAAGAUGCAGCAAGCGCAAGAGAUGAUCAAGCGCGAUGUCAUUUUCGCCGCGUCUCUCUAUAUGUAAUUGGCGCUCAAGUUAUUGUGUCGUACAAGUCAGUCGUCUAUGGACUGGACCAGUCAUUGAAUUAGUGAUGUUGAUGGUUAUGUUGUACAACGCUGCCAGGGUAUGCAUAUGAAGUGGCUCCCUUGUUUUAGCGGACUGCUAGCCAAUAGUGCUAUUGCCACACUCUAUGAAGGCCUGAAUGCAAGACAGCUGGUGUCAGAGUGCAAGCUGCUGCAUGAUAUGGCGCUUAAGCAUGGGCUGUUAGCUAUGUUCUACACUACAGUGCUAGACAGUCAACAGAUACUAUAUAAGGCCAGUUGCAUGUUU